AUGUCUACGAGUAGCCUCCCGUCGUCCUGGCAUGCCGGACCGGACGAUUCGUUCCACGGCAAGAUCACCUCCGAGGGACCCUUUAAGCCCGAGAAGAAUCGAUAUCAUCUCAUUAUCGGCUUGUUCUGUCCCUUUGCCCAUCGAGCGAACUUCAUGCUGCAUCUGAAGCAGCUGGACAAGUACGCUGGCAUCGAGACGAGUAUCGUGAAGCCGUACCCGAAGGGCGACGACAAAGGCUGGCCAGGAUGGCAAUACAACUUGGAAAACGAUAAAGAGGGGUGGUACGAGGGUGCAACGGUGGACAAGCUUUAUGGCAGCAAGUAUCUGCAUGAACUGUACUUCAAGGCCGACAAAGACUACAAGGGCAGGUACAGCGUGCCUGUGCUCUGGGACAAGAAGCUCGAUACAAUUGUCAAUAACGAGUCAUUGGAGUUGUUGAGAGAUUUGCAGACCGCUUUCAACAGCCUGCUGCCCAAGGAGCUUGCCGAUAUCGAUCUGUAUCCUGAAGACCUCCGCGCAGAUAUUGACCGAAUUGGCGAGUGGAUGCAGCGCGACCUCAAUAGUGGUGUCUACAAAGCUGGCUUUGCGCCUGACCAAGAGACCUAUGAGAAGAACCUACCUCCCGUGUUUGCUGCGCUGAAUAAACUGGAGAAGAUUGCCCACAGCAACGGCGGUCCCUUUCUGCUUGGCUCUCGACAGACUGAGCUUGACGUUCGAGCUUUUGCCACCAUAGUGAGGUUCGAUACUAUAUACGUAGAGCACUUCAAGUGCAACCUCGGGAUGAUCCGGUACUCGUAUCCUGUACUGCACAACUGGUUGAAGUUCGUGUACUGGGAGCACGAUGCGUACAAGAACACGACAGACUUCCGGCACAUCAAGGAAAACUAUACGAAGAGCCACCAUGAUAUCAAUCCCAAGGCCAUCACCCCUGUGGGUCCUUGGCCGAAUAUGGAGAAGGGUUAUGAACUCGACUGGAGCCGGGUCAAGCCAGGAGAUAUUGACAUGCCUGAGGUACUUGAGCAUGAGAAGACAUUGCAUUAA